AUGUACAGAGAAAUCGAAAGAAGACAAGCAGCUUUAGCUGAACUACGCUACUCAGCUCGACGGUACUUACGUGAGGAAAAUGCCAAUAUAUUAUCUGAAGUCCUGAGUUCUAAUGGAUCCUCAAUACAGCUUGAGCAAUUAAAUGCCAUAUACGAUACUUUAAGAAACAACUACGAAACGCGGCUAAUACAGGACAUAUUGGAGGAUGCCUUGAAACAAGUAUAUAACGACAAAACUCCGCAAAAACUAUUAGACGAUUUAUUUCAAAUUUACCAAAAUCCAGAUGAUGUGAAAUCGUUUGAACUGAUGGUAAGAGCCCAGCUUAUCUUGAACGCAAUACAUAAUUCAAAGGGUUACUUCUACGAUGAAUACCUACAAAAAUUUGCCUUGAUAAUAUUUAAAAUAAAAAAUAACAGCUUAUUCCAAAACAUCGACGUUCAACUCAAAAGUGGAAUUGAAAGAGCCAUUGACCAGUUGCCUGAUUAUUUGAAAUAUUUGAUGUUCAGGCCAUAUUUUUGCAUGUUAAAUGUUGGCUCUUCUGAAUUCAUUUAUUCAGCUGUAAAUAGUUUUAUUGAUUCCACAAGCCGUUAUCUCUGGUUGUGGUAUGAUAAGAAAAGUAUUGAUAGUACGGGCCAUACAAAGGCAGAUUUAGUUGAUGGGAUUGCAACGAAUUUUGAUGAUUUUAAAAUAACUUUAUUUGGUACAAAUUAUAAUGUCUACUACUACCUGAUGCCAAAUUCAGUAAACAAUAUUGCAGGAUAUCCAUCAUCUCAGCAAGAUCCAUUCAACCAUAUUUGGACUGUUCAGUUUAAAAAUGACAAAAUCAUAUUGCAGCAAAAUGAAUAUAUAAUGUGUUCCACGGAGAGGUUCGAUCAGAGUCGCCGAAAUGUAAAUGGCUAUAGGAAUGUUACGGGCAUUGAUGCAGAUAAUCCUCAGUGCCAGUGGAGCAUUGGAACGUGUCAACGAUAA